CAGACAUUUUUUCGUGAGCUGAAUUUCUCUUUUUUUUUUUUAACAGCCCUCUUUUAUAUAUUCAUUUUGAUAUCCUUUUUCUUCAAUUUUUCCAGAAUCGACAAAUUGAACUUUUAUAUAUCCACACCGUAUACCCACCCCGGAGCCCUAACUUGAUAUUCGUGGUUUUGUAUCGGUAGUAGUAUAUAUACAAAUCAGUUUGAGUCAACUUUUUCCCAUAGUUGUUCGUUGCCCACUAGUUUAAAGCCAAAUCACUAGGUCACUAGGAUAAUUGGCGAAUUCAAUUCCAAUUUACAACAUACCUACCCACCCAUUACUUUCAUUUAAAUUAUCUAGUCUUGUUCAGUCUUUAGUUAUCUGGUGAUUAUAUCCAAUCUUUGUAUCUUAAGUGUUGGAGCCAUCUAUCUACCCUCGUUAAAUUUUGAUUCUUCACUAUCUCGGUCAAUUACCGCACUAGUCUAACGAGAAAAAUCAUCCACUUGACUACAAUAGCCCCAUGAAAUCUUAUACUGUAACUGUUGCCCCACGACCAACCUUAGAUCAAAUUAAUUCCUUCAUUGGUCCUGAUAAUAACCUCCCCAUUAUGUAUGACAAUCAACAACAUAAUCAUCAACAAGCUCCAUUAAAUCAUCAACAACUCUACAAUCACGACACUUCUUCCGCUAAUAAUAUCUUACCACUGGCCGCGAAUUAUUUCCCCCAGCAAAAUUCUUCGGCACAAAAUUUCUCUCCCCACAAUCAUAGUCAGAACCAUAAUCAUAGUCAGAACUUGAACUUAAGUCAGAAUGUUAAUCAAAAUCUCCUACAACAACAACAACACCACUCUUUAGAUCAAAUGCAUAGUGACCAACUUGGUAACCCUCAUUUAAUUCCGCAUUAUCUUCCGUCUCCAAAUCCAAGACCAAGAGCCAAAAGUGCCAUGACGAUAUCUCCUCGGAAACCAGAAACAAAUAUUACUAGAAAUGCUAGUAUGCCUAAUAAUCCUGCUCCAUGGCUUGAAGAACCCGAAACUCCAAGAAAGAAGAAAAGAGGUAGACCUCCUAAACCCACUUCAUUAACCAAUCAGAUCACUUCUACUAUGAAUAUUAGUGUUAAUACUUCACCUCUCAACACAAGUCCAAUUGCAGAAUCAAAUUCAUUACUGAUUGCUAAACGAGGAGUUCCUGACUUUUUCACGCCAUUAAUGAGAGUAUCCCCUAGUUCAAGAUCUAGGAAAAAGAGUAGAAAGAAUUCCACUUCAAAUACAUCUCCAACAUUAAUUAAGAAACAAAAAUCAGCUUCAAAUUUAUCUGAUGUUGGUAGAUCCACUUCUAAUGCUAAUAUUAUGGAAAAUGUGUUGAUCACUCCAUUAUCUGCUGUUAAUAAUGUCAAUUUGACUCCCUAUAAUCAAAUUAAUAGUAAGACUCUUGAUAAUUUAUCGAUGGUUACUCAAUCAGCUUCGAGCUCUCAUAUGUCAGAUUCAAUCCCUUUCUAUAAUACUCCUCCAUCUUCUUCAGUCAAGAAUCAAUUUCCUUCGUCAUUCAAUCAACCAAAUGUUUCUACUGAUGUUGAUAGUCGUAAAUUAUCUUUAUCUCCCGACCCUUCACCUGUAGAAACAUCAAUCAAGCAUUCUCAGUAUACAAAGGCUUCUACUAAAUCCAUAACACCUUUGACAACUCCAACAAUAGGUGGUGGAUCCAAUGUAGAAGAUUCAAAUCAAAAUUUAUUACCUCCUGCUUCAUUAAUUACCAAGUCUCCCAAAGUUUCAUCUAAUGGUAAACAGACUACUAAUGAUUUCCUGUUGAAGUUAUUGAUUGAUGAGCUGGGUAAAGCUGUGUUAUCUACUGAUUUCUUUUCUUCUAGUGCAAAGGCUACUUUGGUUAAGCAAGAAGUUAGCAAUGGUGCUGUUGAAGAUGUUGAAGUUGAUACUGACUUGGUAUCACCUUUGGAUUCAAAACCCAAGAAGGAUAGAAGCAAGAUGCCCACGCUUAAUUCUUUACAAGAAGAGCAAGAACAAGAGCCGGUCAAGCCUAAAUUGGUACAUAAUGAUACAGUUCUUGGUAUUGAAGCUAGUUAUAAUCAAGAUACUGGAUCUGAAUUAUCACCUGGAUUAUCUAAUUCUAGUGGAAUUAAUAGUAGUAAUAAUAAUAAUACUAAUAAUAACACCAAUAAUGAUUCUUCAAAUCGUCCAAAUUUAUUGAGAAGAUAUAAUUCUGAUGUUACAGGCUUGAAUGGCUAUAAUCAACCUACCACCAAUACAACUUUGGCUUCAAUUAAUGAGAAUGCUAAUCUUGGUGGAAUGGUUCAACUUCCUCAAACUCCCAACUAUAAAGAGAAUUACUUGUAUACAUCUACUGGCUUAACACCCAAUAGCAAUUUAACGUUUAACUUGACUCCUCAAUUCAAUUCCAUGAUGUAUUCAAUGAUGAAUAUCAAUUCUCCUCAACAAAGAAAGGGAGGUAGUGUGAUGAAUAAUCAGCAGUUCUUUUUGACUCAAGAUUUUUAUCAUUCUGAUGCAUUAGAUGGUCAAAUGCAGUAUAGUCAACAGCCACAAGAGAAUUUACCACAGGCUGAAACACACCCCAGUCAAGCAUCGCCACCACUAUCACAUCAACAACAGCAACAGCAACAAUUACAACAAUUACAAUUACAACAAUUACAAUUACAACAAUCUCCUGGUAGAACAAUCAACAUGAAUGAUUUGAUGAACCUUCGCAAGGAUCCUACAUCCAAUAUGGUUAUGGCUAUGACCAAAUCGGCUCCAUCAUCUUCAUCAUCUUCGGCGUCAUCCUCAGAAGAUACAGGAGAUGCACGACUUGCAUUGAAGAAGAUUAUCUACAUCAAGAGAAAGUGAAAGAAAGUGAAUGGUCAAUGUACCAUACUGCCAUGCAUUCUAUUAUUAUAUUUCAUCCCCACUAUUCAGUUCUUCGUCGUUACGUUUCUUUCUUUCUUUCUUUCUUUCUUUCUUUCUUUCUUU